GCGGCGGCGCUAGGAGGGCGGAGGGCGGAGGGCCGAGGGCCGAGGGCCGAGGGUCGAGGGCCGGAGCGGCGCCAUGGUCUACAUCUCGAACGGACAAGUUUUAGACAGCCGGCACCGGUCAUUGUGGAGUCUGUCAUUCAUAACAGAUCUCUUUUGGGGAGUGGCUGACUUUGUGAUUCUGUUUUUCAAAAGCCUGCUUCAACAAGAUGUGAAAAAAAGAGGCUAUGUUAGUUCAUCUGAUUCCCGAUACGAUGAUGGAAGAGGGCCUCCGGGGAAUCCUCGCCGCAGAAUGGGCCGGAUAAAUCACAUGAAAGGCCCUAGCCCUCCUCCAAUGGCCGGCGGCUGAGGAAGGUAA